CUGUAUGAAUGGCCACUGCAGGUGCAGCCUGUAGACCUGAUGCGGCCAAUUAAGUAAUUAUACCUUUUCAGGAGGUUAUAAAACAGCGUGACAAAGGCGGCCGCAUUUUCAAUAGAACAUUCGAGUGCAAACACAGCUAUCGGACCAGAUUAUCGAAUAAAAACAUGAACGGUGUUGCCGCUGCUCCACCGCAGCGCUUCAAGUGCGCACACGGUGACUGUGGAGCAACAUUCACCAAACAGAGGAAACUGGAGGAGCACGAGACUGUGCACACCGGAGAGCGUCCGUGUCAGUGCGCAGUGUCUGGCUGCGGCCGCCGCUUCACCAGACAGUCCCACCUGAGCAGACACAUGCUGCAGCACAGAGAAGUCAAGCAGUUCAGAUGUAAGUUUGCCACCUGCACGAAGAGCUUCUUCACUCUCAGCAAACUAAAGAGACACGCGGGGUUCGCCCACGCAGAUAAAAACAAAUACUUCAAGUGUAACCGGCCAAACUGCUCCUUAACCUUCAAGAAGCGAAGGCUGUUCAAGCUGCACUUGAUGGAUCAUCAGGUUCCUGCUGUGUUCAAGUGUACGAAGGAAGGAUGCACUGCCAAGUUACAUUCCCACAUCGCCCGCAAAGCCCACGAGAAGAAGCAUGCAGGAUACUGCUGCCCUCACGCCGACUGUCAGGUGAUGGAACCAACCUGGGGGAAGUUGAAGAAGCACAUGACCAAACACCUAGCAAAGUUUACGUGCAAAGUCUGCAAGAAGGAGUUUAAGAAAGUGGAUUCUCUGCGGAGGCACAAAUGGAUCCAUGCGUCCCACAAGCCUGUGCUGGUCUGUCCCAAGAAGAACUGCCAGGCCUACUUCUCCACCACCUUCAACCUGCAGCACCACAUUCGCAAGGUUCACCUGGAGCUCCUCAAGUACAAGUGCUCCUUCCCCGACUGCCCGCGCAUGUUUGCCAUGCGGGAAAGCAUGGACAGACAUCUGCUUCAUCACGACCCCAGUGCCACGGCCCUGAAGAAACGUCAGCGUGCUAAGAAGCCAUGGCAGAAGCGAUUAAACGGAAACCAGCAGCCUCUGGUGGAGGAAAACCUGCGUCGCCUCUUCGCCCUGCGCAUGCGCAUCUCCAGGCGUGCCAAGGUGGAAACCAACCUGUCCAGCCUCUUCAACGAACGAAAGAUCCCUCACUUUGUCGACUCAGAGGUCAAUCUGCGUGAUCUCUUCGGCAUAAAGCAGCAGAGUCCUCUGGUGGUGAAACCUGAGGUUGCACCUGUAAAUGGUUAAUAUAUAAAGAAUGAUUCCUAAGUUAGACUUAAUUUAUAGAUACUGAAAACUUGGGUCUUUGAUUUGUUGUUGGAUGUAGCUGACAUACAUUAAAAUAUUUUAUUUGAUAAGAAGUAUCUGAAAGUCACAUUGGAAAAUUUAUUUUUUGACCCAAUAAACUUGA